CAACACUUCUGUAUACAUUCAGUCAGUGAUCCUGCUGCUAACUCUCACUUUACCUUCCCCCUGUCUUCCUGAUAAAGUACUUACCGAGUGGUUAUGAUGAGACGUACAGCAUCGUGACUUAUGAACGCAGGAACAUCGAAUGACAAACGCUUACCACAGCGCCUCAAGAGGAACCAGCUGCCGAAUUGCAAUUAAAAAAAAAGUCCCUCUGCUAAUUUAGUGUAACAUGUUAUUUAAUGUAUUAGCUUCUUAUGGGUCCAGGUGGACGGCCAGUUGUGUGUUUUAGUUUAAUUCUCCCGAAGCUGAAGGAUUAGAGGUGUCCAUGGGGAAUGUGGGGGCUUCACUUUAAUAACAGAACAAGAACAAAAAAGCCUCUGCAGCAAAAUUCUGGGAAUAUGAAGUGAAAUGCAGAUUUCAGUGUUAAAAAAUUACUUCAUGUUCGAUUCAAGCAGACCAUGAACAAGCUAAAUGUGAGUAGCUUGUGAACACAUGAUGAACAGACUCUUUCAUUUGCUUCUGAAACUGUUAGCUGACACUUUGGUAGACUUGAAAUAAAUAUAUAACAUGUUCUACGUUUUUAAUAAAUCGUGUGAAACAACUAGAUGCACAGUGUGGGCGUUUCUGUGGCCUGUUUGUCUCAUGUGUGAUGCUAGCUGUGGUUUUCUUGAGAGCAAGUUAUGUGAACUGACACCGAAGUACAUCAAAGCUCACAUACUCAGAGACACAAGCUUCUUCUAUCUGAGAAGUCUUAUUGAGCUUCAUCAUGGCUGGACGUCUGCUGUUCGUCAUCCUCAUCUAUUCCUUUCACAAGAUUCAAACACAAGAUUCCUUUCACAAGAUUCAAACACAAGCUCUUCUUCCACCGACACUGAAAGUGAAUUCACCGGAGAUCACAGAGACAGACUCAGUCACUCUGCACUGUCAGACUCCACCCUCUGUUUCUGUGUCUCACUGUUAUUUUCGCACCGUGAAAAAAGAAUCUGUCAGAGUUUUCUCUUGUCUGAAGACUCUGACAGGAACUGAGCUGCUGCUGAUAUCAGAGCAGAGUUCACCUGCUGAGGUUCAAGUGAAAUGUUUUUACACUGUAAAAUAUGAAGGGCCAAAUCAUCCAUCUCCACACAGUGACACGUCCUUCAUCACCAUACACACUCUUCCUCCACCGACACUGACAGUGAAUCCUCCGGUGAUCACAGAGACAGACUCAGUCACUCUGCACUGUCAGACUCCACCCUCUGUUUCUGUGUCUCAGUGUUAUUUCUACACUUUAAGUGGAGGAACUAGAGUCUUCUCUUGUCUGAAGACUCUGACAGGAACUGAGCUGCUGAUGCUGUCACAGCAGAGUUCACCUGCUGAGGUUCAAGUGAAAUGUUUUUACACUAUAACGUUUGAAGGGUCAAAUUAUCCAUCUCCACACAGUGACCCGUCCUCCAUCACCGUACACAAUUCCUUUCCCAAGAUUCAAACACAAGCUCUUCCUCCACCAACACUGACAGUGAAUCCUCCGGUGAUCACAGAGACAGACUCAGUCACUCUGCACUGUCAGACUCCACCCUCUGUUUCUGUGUCUGACUGUUAUUUCUACAUUUUAAGUGGAGGAAUUGUCAAAGUCUUCUCUUGUCAGAAGACUCUUACGGGAACUGAGCUGCUGCAGAUGUCACAGCAGAGAUCACCUGCUGAGGUUCAAGUGAAAUGUUAUUAUUAUCGUGACAUGACUCAAUCUCCUGAAAGUGAUGUAUCCUCCAUCUUCAUUCACACUCUUCUUCCCCCGACACUGACAGUGAAUCCUCCGGUGAUCACAGAGACAGACUCAGUCACUCUGCACUGUCAGACUCCACCCUCUGUUUCUGUGUCUGACUGUUAUUUCUACACUUUAAGUGGACGAAUUGUCAGAAUCUUCUCUUGUCUGAAGACUCUGACAGGAACUGAGCUGCUGCAGAUGUCACAGCAGAGUUCACCUGCUCAGGUUCAAGUGAAAUGUUAUUACACUGUAAAACUUGGAGGGUCAACAGCUCCAUCUCCACACAGUGACACGUCCUCCAUCACCGUACACAGUCAGAAUCCUUAUACGUCUAGCACUCAAGCUAUUUCCCCAUCAGUGACCCCAGAGACCCCAUCAUCAGAAACAUGGACAUGGAAGUUGGUAAUAGUUGCGGCUUCUCUUGGAGGUGUUAUCGUACUGAGACUGGCAUUUCUAUUUACCAAAAGAACAACUGAAAGAUGUGCUGCCAAGAGGACACACGCCAAUGUCACCGAUGACUUAAUGUGCAUGAGAAAGCUUGACCAUGGAGGAUCGUUACCUGCAGGUAACGAUGAAGCCUACAGUAUGAUCCCCUCAGUACCUGCUGCUGUUUGUCUCACUGGUCCUGAGAAAACCGAGCAGGCAAGCCUCUCAAAAUGAGGAUUCUGACAUAUACCAUGUGUACUCCACCAUCUCCGAGGAGCCACCCCCAUCAGCCCUGAACGACAUGGUGUACAGCACCCUGCAGGCCUAUUGAACAGAAAGCAACAGCAUGAAGGACUGCUUUUAAAACCAUGUGCCAUUUAUUUUUGCUUUUCUUUAAUUAUUUUAACGUAUCUUAUGAUCCAUAGGGAAAUUGAGAUGUCUUUCAAAGCUAAAAGUAUUCAAUAAAUAGCUAGUUUGAUGUUUGAUGUAAGUCCCAUAUAUAACUGGGGGUUACCUCCCUGAGCCUGAGGCUGUAUUUUGUGUGUACGUGUGUCAGUGUGCAGAUAUUUAUCACUAACGAUAGCAUCACAACUUGCCAGAUGCAGUCAUGAAAAGUUACGGUGUUGUUGAGAUUCAGAUGAACGUUGAAUUUGAAGAAUGGUGUGGUCCGAGCAAGAAGGGCCAAGGGGUCAUUAAGGGUAUAAAGUGUGAAAGGGGGUGAACUCCAAAAUGUUCCUUAUGACACCCCCUUUUGUUACAUGAUGAUUGACAGGCGCACUUGCAAACAAAAUUGCUCAUAGCAGGCAGCUCAUUAGUAUGCACACUGUAUGUUAGUUAACAAUAUGUUGGUCCCACAUACAGCCUGUUUGAUGCAAAGCUAUCUUUAUCUGUUGAUUUCACAAUAUAUCAGUUUUUGUAUAUACUGUAUAUUCAGAUUAUAACAAAAGUUGCUGUGGUUUGUUUUCUUUUCAUUUUAGUCUGCUUGACUUCCUGCCUUUAUUUAUUUUUUAAGUUGCCAGGUAAAUAACACAAUAUUUAAACCAUGUACCUAAAUUAAUCCUUGAAAUGUACAUGUUUGCUUGUGAACCCACAUUGAAAUAAAAGAGGGUAAAACUGA